AUAAUGGAAAACUUUUCCACAGUUGAAUUCAUUUUCCUGUCUGGAUUACAAGAAGUAAAAAAUAAUAGACUAGUUUACUUUGCUUUCACUCUUCUCACCUACUUGCUGAUCAUUUCAGUGAAUCUUACUCUGAUUGUGACCAUAGCUAUGGAAAAAACCCUCCAUGAACCCAUGUAUAUAUUCCUGUGUAACUUAUCUGCUAAUAGCCUAUAUGGGACUACAGGUUUCUACCCAAAAAUCCUACUCGACCUCCUGUCUGAUGUUCAUGUGAUCUCAUAUAAUUUUUGCUUAAUUCAAAUUUAUGUCAUUUAUACUUCUGUGUUGUGUGAAACUCCUAUUCUAACAGCAAUGGCUUAUGACAGAUAUGUUGCAAUAUGCAGGCCUUUAGAGUACCACACGGUUAUGACUCCUCUGAUGGUUAAGACAAUGCUGUUUUUUGCUUGGUGUGUUCCACUUUCUUGGCUUGUCAUCACUACUUUGUGUACCUUCAGGCUGCCUUUGUGUGGUUCUCACAUCGAUAAACUGUAUUGUGACAACUGGUCAGUUGUAAAACUCUCCUGUGUGCCAACUACACUCAACAAUAUUCUUGGAUACAUUAUCAUCAUUUUUGAAAUAACACAAGCACUCUUUACUUUAUAUUCAUACUGCUGCAUUGUGAGGGUGUGUCUGAAAUCUAAGGAAGGGAGAAGCAAAUUUAUGCAGACCUGUCUGCCACAUUUAAUUGCAAUGGUGAAUUUUAUGAUUGCCACCCUUUUUGAUGUUAUGUACAACAGGUAUGGCUCUAACAGACUCCCUUUGACUCUGCGCAACAUUAUGGCUGUUGAAUUUCUGGUUAUUCCCCCUCUUCUUAAUCCUAUAAUAUAUGGGCUCAACUUACAAAAGGUACGCAGGUCCCUGUUCAGAUUUUGUGACAGGCAUAAAGUAACUCCAAGGUCAUUUAAAAGAAAUGUGUCGUGA